AUGAGUGAACACCUUGAGAAGCAGGAACCUGUUGAACUGUACGAAAAAAAUGAAACUCCUGAAAAUAUCAAGCAAGAAGAAAUAACGACAAAUCUGUCAAGAUACUUAAAAUGGCUUCAUGCUUUAGAUAUUGUUGGAGUCGAAAAUAGAGGUAUCGAAAGAGUACCUCCAGAAGAAAGAGAUGCUGCGUUUGCAGCAACAUCACCAGCAAGACAAUUUUUCAGAGUCUUUGGGUUAUGGUUUUCAGCUUGUGGAGGUUUAACUUCGAUGUCAUCGUAUUUCUUACCCACUUUAGUCUUUGGUUUAAAUGUUAAAGAUGCUUUAGUUAGUGGUGUUUUAGGAACUGUUAUUGGAUGCUUAGUUCCAGCUUAUUGUUCCAUCGAAGGUCCAAGAUCAGGUUGUAGACAAAUCGUUAGUGCUAGAUUUUUAUUUGGUCAUUGGGGAGUGAGAUUAGUAGUAUUGUUUGUGGGGAUAGGUUUCUUGGGAUUUUCAAUUGUGAAUUGUGUUUUAGGAGGUCAAGUAUUGGCUGCUAUAUCUAAUGUUAGUUUGGCAGUAGGGAUCGUAGUUAUUUGUAUUGUUUCAUUGAUUGUUUCGAUUUUUGGUAUUCAUAUAUUACUCAAAUUCGAAACUAUAUUCUCCUUCCCCAUAACUAUUGCUGUGAUCUUAUUCUAUGUUGUUGUAUUCAAGAAACAUCCUUAUAUUCAUGAUAGUAAUGAAGCCAUUGCAGCUGAAGGAUUUACAUCUUUAACUAAUACAGGUAAUUGGUUAUCAUUUUUCACUAUUGGUUUCUCAGUUACUGCUACUUGGGGAGGUGCUGCAGCAGAUUAUUAUAUCAUGUUCCCUGAAACCACUCCAUCAUGGCAAAUCUUUACCAUGACUUUCUUAGGUAUUGCCGUUCCUACAACGUUUGUUGCCAUUAUAGGAACAGUUUGUGGAGCUUUAGCUUUAGGUUAUCAACCAUGGAAUGAGGUUUACCAUACUCAAGGGGUUGGAGGUUUAAUUGCAGUUUCAUUCGAACCAUGGGGUAACUUUGGAAAAUUCGUCGUUGUACUUUUGUACAUAUCUUUGAUUUGUAAUAAUAUUGUCAAUAAUUAUUCCAUUGCAUUUUGUUUGCAAUUAGUAGAUAAACGUUUGGCUAUUGUUCCAAGAUGGGUUUACUCAGUAUUAUUCACUGUUGUUUGCUUGGUUAUUUCAUUAGUGGGUAAAGAUCAAUUUUCAACCAUCAUUGCCAACUUUGUCCCUAUGUUAGGAUACUGGAUUUCAAUUUACAUUGUCAUAUUAUUAGAAGAGAAUUUAAUAUUCAGAUCAAAUAGAUUGAAACAUUUACAUUAUAAGGAAUUUGAUGUUGAUAAGCUGGCUACUAUCGAACAAUAUCCUCAAUAUAGGUAUAACUGGAAUGGUUGGGAUAGACCUGAAUUGUUUUCUCAUGGUAUUGCAGCUAUGGCAUCUUUCGCUGUAGGUGCAGUUGGAGCUGUUGUAGGAAUGAAUCAAGUCUAUUGGCAAGGACCAAUUGCCAGACAUAUUGGUGACUUCGGUGGAGACAUCGGUUUCUUCUUAUGUGGAGCUUUCUCUGCCAUUGUCUAUCCAUUCUUCAGAUAUGCGGAAUUAAAACAUUUUGGUAAAUAG